UUUAAGUUUUUAAUUACUGCAAUUAUUUUAAAACGAAAAAAAAUAUGACGUGUAUCUUAUAAUUGUCGAGUAUGUUCUUGAAUAAUAUAUCAAUAGGGGAAAAAAUGAAAUGUUAUUGUUCCCAACUGAAAAUUUUGCAGUUGAAUUUUUUACUUGGCACAUAUAACAUAUUCUUGAAUAAAAAAAAUAUAUAAUAAUUUUAAAAAAUGCAGUACAGUAAAGAACUUAAAAUCAUUGAAAAAUGUAGAAAUCGUUUAGUUGUAUUACUAAAAAUAGUUGGUUUAUUUCCGAUUGUAAAUGCAAGUUUAUUUUACAAAAUUUUGCCAUUUUUAGUUGGUUUUUUGUUAGCAUCAAUAAUGGCUGGGUGUAUGAACUUUGUAUAUAUAAAUCGUAAUAAUUUAAUGGUUGUAUUAAGAGCAUGUGGUAUAAUUUUUGCUUUAUUAACAAUUAUAAUAAAAAUAAUAUGUUUUAUUAAAAGUCGUGAAAAAUUAUUAAAAUUAGACAACACAUUGACUAAACUUAUAAAUGAAAAUAUAAAUAAAGAUAAAUUAUCAUCAGUGAUGUUAUCACCAAUAUUAUUUUAUGCAAAUAACAUAACAAUGCCAAUAUUAAUAAGUGGUUAUUUAAUAUCGGUGACAUUAUAUUCACAAUCAGCAUUAUUUAUGAUACGUCAACUUAAAAAUAAUGCUGAAUCAAGAAUAUAUAUAUUACCAUAUCCAACAGCAUAUCCAUACCAUAUUGAAGGUGGAAGUUUAAUAUGGGCCUUACACUGGACAUGGGAAACAUUAGGCAGUUUUAUAUUGAUAACAGUUGGUUGUACAACUGAUAAUUUAUUUGGUUAUUAUACAAUAAAUAUUGUUGCACAAUUUCGUGUAUUAUCAUAUGAAGUUCAAUAUACAAUUACUGAAAAUUAUGAUAAUAAUAAAAUGAGUCAAUAUCAUAAAUAUAUUGUAGCAAAACAUCAUGAAAUAGUUGAAUGCUGUGAAUUAUUAGAAUAUAUUAAUGGACCAAUUGUUUUGGUAAUGACAAUAUCAACUGCUCUUAUUUUAUGUACUCUUAUUUUUCAAGUCCGUCUGAUGGAAACAAUAACACUUGGACAAUUUGCAUAUUUAGGUGUGUACAUAUAUUACAAAUUAAUGCAGGCAUUUUUAUAUGCCUGGUCAGGUGAAGAAAUUAAAAUUUCAAGUGAAGCAUUCCAAAUAGCUGUUUAUAAUAGUAGUUGGGAAAAUAAUAAUAAUAAAUCAAAUAGUACUUUUAUAAAUAUGUUGUUGGCUCAAAAAUGUAUGUCUCUAAAAGCUUGUGGUCUUACUGAAAUAUCAGCAGAAAUGUUUACAAAGGUAUUAAACAAAAAUUAA